AUGUUGGAUGGUGCUUUGUGGAUUGAAUAUAAUGCAACAUGUUCUGGUAAUAGAAGUUCAACAGGUGUCACAAAGUUGGAAUAUUCUCUGCCAAUUUUAGUCCUCAUAUUUACAAGACAGCAUAGAAAAUCAGUGAUGCGAACAAGUUUACUAGUAUUAUCAGCUACUGAAGUACUGUUUCAUUCAUUUGUUUGUAUAGAAUAUACUACUCAUCUGAUAGCUUCAUCACCGGGUCCACGAAUGAUAACAGUCACAGAGUUUGUAUUCUUUGCUUUAAUCAACUGGGGAUCUGAUUGCUCUUUAUGCACACGGAAUUGGUGUAAUGUAUUGAUCACUUCAGCUCGUACAGAAGUUGUAGUUUAUCCAAUGCGUAAACGUCGUUUACUGUCUCAUUCAUCAAUAAAAUUAAUAUACGGAUUUUUAUGGAUUUUAUCUGGUUUUCUAGGAAUUGUACGUGCAUUUUAUGAUUAUGCAAUUAUUUGUGUUCCUACAGAUGAUUAUUUAGAUGGUGUAAGUACAAAGUUAACUGAUAUAACCUCAGAUCAGCUGAGUACAAUGAAAUCGGACUUAUCUAAUAUUAAUGACAAAAAAACAAUAACCAUUACACAUAUGGAUGCUUUACUAGACCAAAAUGUGAUCAGUAACUACGAGGCUUACUGUUUUUUUGUAUUUCAGGUAAUUGCGCCAACUUUAUUUGUUUUAAUUAUGUCAUUUAUUAUAUCAUUCUAUGUUUCACCAUGGCGUGAUUCUAAAAUUAUUGAAGUUACCAAUGUCCGGCGAAGAAAUCAAAUGAAAGCGACUAGAACAAUAUUAUUUCUAGCAAUUUCAUUUCUGUGCUUUCAAACACCAAGUUUUAUACUAGUUAUUAUCCAGCAUUAUACUACUGUUAUGAUUGAUUUUCAUUUAGCAAAACUUGUUGCAGAUCUACUUUUGACUUUUGAUUCAAUAAUUAAUAUUAUGAUAUAUGCUAUUGGUUUACCAGGCUUUCGAAUUUACCUGAAUCGAAUGUUCACUUGUCUAUGUCCAUUUAAUAAUAAUACAAAUCAUAGCGCUAGUAAUAAUAAUAACGAUAAUAUUAAUAAUAAUAAUAACAAUCGUCUAAGAGGGAGUUCAGUAACAGUUAUACAGACUGAAUUUCAUCCAGUCGCCUAUAACAUUACAAAGAAUGAUAAACUCAAACCACCUAGUACACUGAAUAAUUGCAAAAACUCUCUACAUGUUAAUCAUUGUGCAUAUCCAUAUAAUCGUAACAUUCAUCAUGGAAGUUCCCGUCAUCGACAUCCUCCUCACCACAGUCAUGGAUGCAAUCAUAGUCAACUUGGAAAUUACAACACUGGCUGUAAACAACAAGAUGAAAGUGUUUACGUUAACGAGGAAUUGUCAGGCAUAAAAGUGAAGGACAUUUGUGAUGAAAUUUAA